AUGAACGCUAAUUUCCCCACCGUGACAAUCGAUGUCAUCCUCGACAGACACAGCGCCAAAGAGGUUCUCACCGCAAUUCUCCAUUCAAUACUUUUCCAUAGGCUGUUUGGCACUGUGAAGCCUCAGACAUUCGAGGUGUUUGAUGUCACCAUGCCAGGUGUCUCGGAUUCUGAGAUGGAGCAACUCGUGACUGAGAAAGUGGAUAUCUUUUGGAAAGGAAUCGAAAGUGGAGCGAACAAGCGUGGUCAAAUGAUAGUAACAUUUUCGGAGAAAAAGGCGAAGAAGUCCUGGUUUCAGGUAUACGUUGGGGAGGAGGAAGUGCCAUGGGAACAAUGGAUUGUGAAUGCCGAGAUGCGACAACCCAAGUCAGAAGACCGGCAAGAAUUCAAUGCGAAUCUUGCGUCAACGCUUUUGAAGGCUUUGAACGUGAUGCUGACACAUACCUCGUCGGAGCGCGGGCGCACGGCAGUUCCUCUCAUCACGAAUGCGACAGGGAUAUCACCUUUUCCAAUCAAGAUUGCAGUUAAAGUUGGCGGGGUUGAGCUUGGUUAG